AUGAGCUUCGAGAAGCAAUUGGACGAUCAUGAGAGGAAAUUCGGCAUCGAAAUACCUGAUAGAAGGGUCUACUUGGACGUGCCAUGGCCGAAAAACGUCUUGCAGCAUGUACUAACGGCUUAUCACCAGCGGAAUUCCUUCAUAGGAUCACUAUCUAGGUCUAGAACUAGUCUGAACCUGGUUCUAAACACUCCAGACCUAGACCGUCGCAGGAGUACCAGCCCUAACAACAGACUGACAAAAUCAGCUGCCUCCAGCGCUACUAACACCACCAAGCGGAAAUUAAUAAAAACACAAAGAUUCGGAUCGACAUCCAAUCUUAAAUUGGUCUCCGAAAAAAUAUCCGGUUUCUCAGUUUUCAACGGACCGGAUAAUGUACGACGUGAACCGAUAAUGGCGUACGAGGACAACACUAGAAUAGACGAGGAACCGAAAAUAGUGAGGUCGAAACCGGUCAAGAAUAAUAGGCAGAGUUUAAGCGACCAUCUCUUCAGACAAUUAAAUAAUGGGGAAACGAAAAUGAGACGUAGUAUCUCACAGCAGAGUCUGAAGCAAGAUGUGUCCAUGGAAGCGGUGGUAAUAGAUAUGCCAUCUUUAGAAGGGAAAUACGAUACAUACAAAAGUAGUGACUCUCAAUAUAGCGAUGAUGAGAAAUAUUUCAGCCGUUGGGGUCCGACUAGAGGGUCAAAUAGCUACUCAAAUGCCCCGAAUAUACCAGUCAGCCAAUUAUCAACUUUGGACCUCAAAACAGUCGCCAGUGAUAAAACUGAGCCAGAUUCUGCUUUAGAGGAGGAGUUCUCAGCGCAACUUGAGGAACAGGAGAGGUUAGCAGCAAACGCGAGGCUGCCGGCAGCAACUAGCAGCAUGCCGCAGCACAGCACGACGCUGCAUUCAUCUAGAACGAGCCUGGCGUCCAGUCAUUACGAUUAG